AUGUCUCAAGCGCCAUUAUCGACUGCCAAUGGCGGUACUACACCUCAGUUGACAUCAAAUGGUGAACGCGUAGAUCCAGGUGGAUUCAAGCUUAAAUUCUGUACCGUCUGUGCCAGUAACAACAACAGAUCCAUGGAAUCACACUUACGUCUCGCAGCUGCCCACUAUCCUGUGAUUUCUUUUGGAACAGGUUCUUUAGUUAGGUUACCAGGAGCCUCCAUUACACAACCUAAUGUCUACCAAUUCAACAAGACUUCAUAUGAUAGCAUGUAUAAAGAACUCGAAUCUAAAGAUGCGCGUCUCUAUCGCGCUAAUGGUAUAUUGAACAUGCUUGGACGGAAUAGAUCAGUAAAAUGGGGGCCAGAGAGAUGGCAAGAUUGGCAAGUCGGUGUUCCGAGAUUACAACAUAAUACAGAUCAAGGUGCCGAAGGAGUAGAAGGAGGCGUGGUGGACAUUGUUAUUACAUGUGAAGAAAGGUGCUGGGAUGCUGUCGUGGAUGACCUUCUUAACCGUGGUUCCCCGUUAAAUCGUCCCGUGCAUGUCAUCAAUGUUGAUAUCAAAGAUAACCAUGAAGAGGCUCUAGUUGGUGGUCGGGGAAUUCUUGACCUUGCAGAUUCUCUCAAUAAAGCUGCAGCGGAGGAAAGGGAACUCAACCCUACCGGAUUCGACAGUGGAAGUGCCGGUAGUAGGGCUGGUUUUGACGAAAGGGUGCCGGAGAUCAUCGGGGAAUGGCAGGAAAGAUGGCCAAAUCUACCAGCAGUAUGGACAUUAGCUUGGUUCUGA